GGGCACAAGAUGGGGCUGGGAGUGCUGAGGGGCUGUGGAUGGGGGGUUCGGUUGUCCUAUGGGUGCACGCUCACAUCCAACAGGUAUGAGGUGGGGAGUCCGAGUGGGUCCUGGUCUGGGGGGGUGUCCCUGAGCAGCCCCCAGGGUCACAGCACUCAUUAUCCCAGUUGUGCCCCCCUGCACUCCAAUGACCCCCAGUGCCCCUGGCUGCUCCCUGCACCCCAACACCCGGGGACCAAUGGCACAGUGGCACCGGGGGACCCUAACCUGGUCACUGCAGUGCAUCCAUGACCCACAGUAGGCUCCCAUGUUGGGUGCACUGGGGUUUCACCCCCCCUUCAUGGCCCCCCUGAUCCGAUUAGUGCUGAAUUCCUCCGGGGAUUUAGGAUCCCAAGGGGGAUCCGCAGCCCUGGGCUGCAAAAAUGGGUCGAAAAAGCAGAGUUUUGGAGCAGAGCGCUGAGCCCGGUGCUGCACAUCUUGGGGGUACCCAUAGGAAUGGGGCUGAUGUACAUUGUUCCCACCCCACAGCCAGAGGGAGCGAUGGAAGUGCCAUCCACGACCCAUUCAUGCGUUCCCUCCCUGGGGUUUCACGCUCCAGUUCCACGCCUGCUGCGGGAAACGGGGGAGUGUGUGUGUGGGGGGGGGUUCCACAGCCCUGGGGAGGGACGUAGGGCAAAGGGACGGCCCUGGAAUUUAAGCUGGGAAGAACUGGGGAGCACGCGUGGGGCUGUGUGCAGGGUGGAUGCGUGCACGGGGCUGUGCGCUGGAUGGAAGCCAUGGAUUUAAGACGGGAAGAACUGCGGUCCAUGCACGGGGCUGCUUGCAGGGUAAAAGCUGCGGGUUUAUGUUGGGAAGAGCUGGGGUGCGUGAAUGGGGCUGACUGCAGGAUGAAAGCCGUGGAUUUAAAUCGGGGAGGUUUUAGGCUGGGGAGAAAUGGAGCGCACGUGUGGGGCUGUUGGCAGGGUGCAAGCCAUGGAUUUAAGCAGGGGAGCGCCGGGUGCGUGCACGGGGCCGUUUGCAGCCGGGGCUCGCUGCUAUUUUUACGCACCACUUCCAAACGCGCAGCGCUCCGCUCUCUGCAGGGCUCCGUGGAUUUCCCCGCCGUGGAGUUCGAGUACGGGGACACCGACAGCCAUGGUGCAGAGCUCGCAGAGUUGUACAGCUACACCGAGGAGCCCGAGCUCGGCACCAACCGGCGAUGCUUCGAGGAGGAGUUUUGCCCCCAAGCGCGGGGCCGGCGGUGGCCAGAGCUGGACACGGCACAGCAGAGGGCCCACGUCCUGCGGCUGCUGGAGGGGCUGGAGGUGGUCAGCAGGGAGCGGCGGCUGCGGGCGGCGCGGGCCAUCCUCUACCUGGCACAAGGAGUGUUUGGAGACUGCGAGAGCGAAGGCGAUGUCCUGCACUGGUCACGGCACAACAGCUUCCUGCUGUACCAGCUGGGCACCUUCAGCGCCUUCCUGGAGCUACUCAGCAUGGAGAUUGACAACAGCCAGGCAUGCAGCAGCGCUCUGCGGAAGCCGGCCAUCUCAUUGGCUGACAGCACUGAGCUCAGGGUGCUGCUCAGCGUCAUGUACCUGCUAGUGGAGAACAUCCGUGUGGAGCUGGAGACGGAUCCCCCGGAGUGGAAAUCCUGCCGGGAGACCUUCAGGACGGAGCUGAGUUUCCCCGGGCGCUCUGAUGAGCCCUUCGCUCUCUUGCUCUUCACGAUGGUGACCAAGUUCUGCAGUGGCCAUGCUCCGCACUUUCCUAUGAAGAAGGUCCUGCUUCUGCUCUGGAAGGUGCUCCUGUUCACGCUGGGAGGAUUUGAAGCCCUGCAGACGAUGAAGGUGAGGAGGAGGGAGGAGCUGGGGCUGCCGCCCCUGCCUGAGGACAGCAUCCAGGUGAUGCGCAGCAUGCGUGCCGCCUCGCCACCCGCCUGCUCCAUUGAGCUGGCUGAGCAGCCACAGAAGCGUGGGCACCGCAGCCGGCGGCCCCUGAUGAAGCAAGACAGCUUGGAUAUCUACAAUGAGAGAGAUCCCUUCAAGAACGAUGAAGCAGGAGUUGACGAAGAGGAGAGCGAUGAAGUGGAUGGCGGGAUCGAGGGGGAGCUGGACCUGAUGGAGCGGGAUGCACUUCUCCCUGCCAUGCCAGCCCAGCGCCCGCCUAUUGAACGUGUGUCAUUCCCCAAAGGUCUGCCCUGGGCCCCCAAAGUCAGGCAGAAGGACAUUGAGCAUUUCCUGGAGGCGAGCAGGAACAAAUUCAUCGGCUUCACUCUGGGACAGGACACUGAGACCCUAAUAGGGCUGCCACGGCCCAUUCACGAGAGCGUGAAGACACUGAAGCAGCACAAGUACGUUUCCAUCUCAGAUGUCCAGAUUAAGAACGAGGAAGAGCUGGAGAAGUGCCCCAUGUCUCUGGGGGAAGAGGAAGUCCAAGAAACCCCUUGUGAGGUCUUGUAUCGAGCAAUGCUGUACAAUCUCCCCCAGUAUAUGAUUGCUCUGCUGAAGAUCCUCCUCGCUGCAGCACCCACCUCCAAAGCCAAGACUGACUCCAUCAACAUCCUGGCAGACGUCUUGCCUGAGGAGAUGCCCAUCACAGUCCUGCAGAGCAUGAAGCUGGGGAUUGAUGUGAACAGGCACAAGGAGAUUAUCGUGAAGAGCAUCUCGGCAUUGCUGCUGCUGCUCCUCAAGCACUUCAAGCUGAACCAUAUCUACCAGUUUGAGUAUGUGUCCCAGCAUUUGGUGUUUGCCAACUGCAUCCCGCUGAUCCUGAAGUUCUUCAACCAAAACAUCAUGUCCUAUAUCACUGCCAAAAACAGCAUCUCCGUCCUGGAUUACCCACACUGUACAGUCCAUGACUUGCCCGAGCUCACUGCAGAAAGCCUGGAAGCCGGAGACAACAACCAGUUCUGCUGGAGAAACCUAUUCUCCUGCAUUAACCUGCUGAGGAUCCUCAACAAGCUGACCAAGUGGAAGCACUCAAGGACAAUGAUGCUGGUAGUCUUCAAGUCAGCCCCAAUACUGAAGCGAGCUCUGAAGGUGAAGCAGGCCAUGAUGCAGCUGUAUGUCCUCAAACUGUUGAAAAUCCAGACCAAAUACCUGGGGCGCCAGUGGAGAAAGAGCAACAUGAAGACCAUGUCGGCCAUCUACCAGAAGGUGCGGCACCGCAUGAACGAUGACUGGGCAUAUGGCAAUGACAUCGACGCGAGGCCGUGGGACUUCCAGGCUGAAGAAUGCACGCUAAGAGCCAGCAUUGAAGCCUUCAACAGCCGGAGAUAUGACAAACCUCAGGACUCGGAGUUUGCGCCGGUGGACAACUGCCUGCAGAGUGUCCUGGGCCAGCGGCUGGAGCUCCCCGAGGACUUCCAGUACUCCUACGAGCUGUGGCUGGAGCGGGAGGUGUUUUCCCAGCCCAUUCGCUGGGAAGAGCUGCUGCGCUACCAGUGAGAGCCACCACGCCACCCGUCCCAUCCCAGCGGGGACUCCAGGUGCUACAGAGCGAGGAAAGGAAGAUGAUUUUAAGUAAAGCUGGAAGAAAAUCACCUUUCUGAAGAGUCCAGGCCUCUCUGUAACCAUCCAGAUACUCCAACUCUCAUUUUCAUGGAGGUCUUCCCUUUGUUGAGAUCUCUCGGAGGCCAUGCAGUACCAACAGACCUGCGUGGAGGCCAAGGACCAGGUUCCUCAUCAUGUGUGAACAUCAGGAGUGUCCUCACCUGGUUUUCACUGCAGAUUUAAAACUGUGUAUGAGAGAUCCAAGUCCAUGCUGUCCCUUUGCUUGUUAGGUUUGUUGUAAGAGCAUCUCAGCCUUGAUAGGUCUUCAUCUCACCCAGAUGCCUCAAGCUGAGCUGAUGUGUUUUCAUUUGUUCAGUUACGAUGAUGUGCUUCAACCACCACACUGCUACGAUGAAGUAAAAAACACAAAAUAGCACUGUCCGUGACAAUCCCAAGCAGAGUUGGAUGACUUGGCCAAAGGGGAUGACUUUACCGCUUGUCCUGAGGGCAGCAUCACUGCUGGGAUUGUACAGCAGAUUUACAGAUUUCUUCCACAAUUUUUGCAUUGGUCACUAGGGAUAGUAAUGCAUUGCCUUUACCACUGCUCCACUUUCCUUCAUCCCUCCACUCACUGCUAUGAGAAUAAAAUGAACAGCAAGCUGUGCAGGGCGUAGAGCUGCAGAGGAGGUUCACUGCCACGUUUCUCUCCACCUGCAGUAACUUCAGAAUUAUUGGCACAGAAGUUACUGACCCAAACUACAGGAUAUCUAAACGUGCCAUGUAAAGGCCUUUAUUCUCAUCGAGCAAGACCCUCCAUUACAAAGUCCAUGUGGGGAAAUAAAAUGCAACAGGCUGAUUGUUUUUUAAGGAUAAUUACUGCAAUUUUAGGUUUCCAGAGAGCUUUCUGCAUUGCUCUUUACCCUUUGCAGCCUUACAGGAGACGCCACAUGCCACGUCUUCUGCAAAAUAACCUGAUUUUUGCACAGGUUUUUGGUUCUUUGGGAGGAUGUUUGUGCCGUGUCUUAAAGUGGGAAGGAAGAGUGCUUUGGGUAACACUUUGCUGCCAUCGUAUGAUGGAAACAGCAGAUGGUGCAGUCCAGAACGUUCAGACUCACACCAUGAGCUGUGAGUGAGUACAGUGACAGGGUCUGAAAGUUAUAAUCUUUUUCUACAGAAUGUUGUCAGCCAAGCACGGGGAAUCCUGAGUCUAACUUCUCCUUCCUUAUGAAACCAGUUCUUUUGUCAAAGUAAAAUGCGUCAAUAUAGUGCAGGCAAAGUUUGACUUCUCCCAUGCUGUACUGCUAUCGGUACAGCGAGCACGCAGGCGAUAAAACCACAGGUAUUUGUCAUGGCAGGAUUUGUGCUUAUUGCUGUGGAAUUGAACUGAGAAUGUUUCCUUAAUGUGGUUUGCAAAAGGCGCUUUUCAAAGAGCUGCCAUUAGUAAACCCGCUCACCUUUUCAAGAAUGCUUUUGUUCACAAUAAACCAGAGUGACUUUUCAA